GUAUUUGGACAAAGAAAUCCCUGAACUGAGCAGAGAGAUAAGCGCCUUGACUUGUGAUAGAUUAAGAGACCUGCGUUGGUGAGAACAAACCCGCCUGCGUCUGUCUGCGGGCUCCCCGAGUGAGGCCACAUUUAGAUGUCAGAUUAACUGCAGCCUGAUGCCGGGGCGGCUGUUUGUUUUACGAAACAGUCGCUAAUGACAUUAAACAGACGGAGGCCCUUCCAACAGGAUUGUUCAUUUGCGAUAAACGGAGAGAAGCCCACCAGAGAUUGGAAGAGAAAACUCAGGAGUGCUUCAUUCCGAGGCUCUCCCAGCGUUCUAUUGGCGGUGGCAGUUGAUGGGAGCUUCUCUGCAGAAUGUCCAACAAAGAUCGACACAUUGAUUCCAGCUGUUCGUCCUUCAUCAAGACGGAACCCUCCAGCCCGGCCUCCCUGACGGACAGCGUCAACCACCACAGCCCCGGUGGCUCCUCGGACGCGAGUGGGAGCUACAGUUCAACCAUGAAUGGCCACCAGAAUGGACUUGACUCGCCACCUCUCUACCCUUCUGCGCCGAUCCUAGGAGGGAGUGGGCCUGUCAGGAAACUGUAUGACGACUGCUCCAGCACCAUAGUCGAAGACCCCCAGACCAAGUGCGAAUACAUGCUCAACUCGAUGCCCAAGAGACUGUGCCUGGUGUGCGGCGACAUCGCGUCUGGGUACCACUACGGGGUAGCGUCCUGCGAAGCCUGCAAGGCGUUCUUCAAGAGGACAAUUCAAGGUAACAUAGAAUACAGCUGCCCGGCCACGAAUGAAUGUGAAAUCACGAAGCGUCGACGUAAAUCCUGCCAAGCCUGCCGCUUCAUGAAGUGUCUAAAAGUGGGCAUGCUGAAGGAAGGAGUACGUCUUGACAGAGUGCGCGGAGGUCGGCAGAAGUACAAGCGCAGAAUAGACGCGGAGAACAGCCCGUACCUGAACCCUCAGCUGGUUCAGCCAGCCAAAAAGCCAUAUAACAAGAUUGUUUCACAUUUGUUGGUGGCUGAACCGGAGAAGAUCUAUGCCAUGCCUGACCCCACUGUCCCCGACAGCGACAUCAAAGCCCUCACAACACUGUGUGACCUGGCUGACCGAGAGUUGGUGGUUAUCAUCGGCUGGGCGAAGCAUAUUCCAGGCUUCUCCACGCUGUCCCUGGCCGACCAGAUGAGCCUGCUGCAGAGUGCCUGGAUGGAAAUCUUGAUCCUGGGGGUCGUGUACCGAUCUCUUUCCUUUGAGGACGAACUUGUCUAUGCAGAUGAUUACAUAAUGGAUGAAGACCAGUCCAAGCUAGCAGGCCUUCUUGACCUAAAUAACGCUAUCCUGCAGCUGGUAAAGAAAUACAAGAGCAUGAAGCUGGAGAAGGAAGAGUUCGUCACCCUCAAAGCAAUAGCUCUUGCUAAUUCAGACUCCAUGCACAUAGAGGACGUGGAAGCUGUCCAGAAGCUCCAGGAUGUCUUACACGAGGCCCUGCAGGAUUACGAAGCCGGACAGCACAUGGAAGACCCUCGGCGGGCCGGCAAGAUGCUGAUGACGCUGCCCCUCCUGAGGCAGACGUCCACGAAGGCCGUGCAGCAUUUCUACAACAUCAAACUCGAAGGCAAAGUCCCCAUGCACAAACUUUUUUUGGAAAUGCUGGAAGCCAAGGUCUGACCGAAGGCCUCCUGGGCCUCCUUCACCUGCACGCCGGAAAAGGGGAAGCAAACCCGAGGGUGAUGUCGAAGAAACGUAGAGUUUAGUCAACACCAUCAAAAAUCAACAAAGACUGCGCUGAUAAUUUAGCAGCAAGACUAUGAAGCAGCUUUCAGAUUUUUCCAUAUCUUCCUGAUGAAUUUCUUUCUACCUGAUCUCAUCUUUUUUUUUUCAUUUCUCUUCCUCUUCAUUUUUUUCCCUCUCUUACUUCUCCUUUCCCUUAGUUUUUGAGUUUGACUUUCUUGAUUAUUAGUUUUCACUCUCCCUUCCUUCCUUCCCUUCUCCCUUCUCCUACUUUCUCUCUUCUCAGCCUUGUCUUUCUUCUAAAUUUUAAAUGGCUCUAAUUGUAAGAAAAUUUUUCUUCUUUCCUUUCCCUUCCCCCCUUCCCUCCCCCUCCCUCCCUCCCUCCCUCCCUCCCUUCCUUCCUUCUGCUGCUGAACUUUUAAAAGAGGUCUCUAAUUGAAGAGAGAAGGAAGCCAGCCCUGCCAAAGGAUGGAAAUCCAUAAUAUGGAUGCCAGUGAACUUAUUGUGAACCAUAACGUCCCCAAUGACUAAGGAAUCAAAGAGAGAACCGACGUACCUAAAGUACAGUGCAACAGAAGCGAAUUGACUGAGUGCAGUAUUAGAUUUCGUGGGAGCGGCCUCUAAUGAGACACCUUAGGCAACGUUGUUGCAUCGUUGCUCCGCUGCUUCUUAUCAUUGCUUUCCCAUCUAGAUCAGUUACAGCCAUUUGAUUCCUUAAUUGUUUUUUCAAGUCUUCCAGGUAUUUGUUAGUUUAGCUACUAUGUAACUUUUUCAGGGAAUAGUUUAAGCUUUAUUCAUUCAUGCAAUACUAAAGAGAAAUAAGAAUACUGCGAUUUUGUGCUGGCUUUGAACAAUUACGGACAAUAAUGAAGGACACAUGAAUCCUCCUGAAGGAAGAUUUUUAAACAAAAACAUUUUCUUUCUUCUUACAAAUGGAGAUUUUUUUUGUACCAGCUUUACCACUUUUCAGCCAUGUAUUAAUAUGGGAAUUUAACUUAACUCAAGCAAUAGUUGAAGGGAAGGUGCAUAUUAUCACGGAUGCAAUUUAUGUUGUGUGCCAGUCUGGUCCCAAACAUCAGUUUCUUAACAUGAGCUCCAGUUUACCUACAUGUCCACUGACAGAAAGGAUGAGAUCAUGCCAUCCGUGACUCUGGGGAGUCACGGGUACGAGUGCUGCGCAUGGAACCCAGAUCCAGAGGGGUUUGAGAGGUGCGCCUCUCGGCCCGGGAGGUCCAGUUGCCAUACAGUCCCUAACCGCCCUGCCACGGCGGUUAGGGGUGAGUUCCUGCCUGUUUGUGAAGUGACAGACCUUCCCCCCCCUCCCCCAAGGAGCUGUGAGCCAGUAUUCACUUAAGAGGCAAUAAGGCGAAUGCCAGAAUUUCAACAACAACAACAACAUCAUCGUCCUCAAGGGCGACAGACGCCUGACCAAAUCCCAAAACCUAUCCACAUGAGUUGAUUCAUUUAGGAAUGUUCGUUUCAAUUAACCUGCAGUUUCGCCAAGCGCUAAGCCGAUAGAUCUGCUUUUUUCAACCAGUUAUUGCCACAGCAAGAAAGUCAGUCAGGUUCCAGACUGUGAAGAGGUGUAAUCUAAUGAAGAAAUCAAUUAGAUGCCCCCCGAAAUCUACAGUCACUGAAUAACCAAGAAACAAAGGAAACAAACAGUAACCUCCAUCAGAUGCUAUACCAAUGGACCAGUGUUAGUAGCUGCUCCCUGUACUAUGUGAACAGUCUUAUUCUAUGUACACAGAUGUAAUUAAAAUUGUAAUCCUAACAAACAAAAGAAAUGUAGUUCAGCUUUUCAAUGUUUCAUGUUUGCUGUGCUUUUUCUGAAUUUUACGUUGCAUUCAAAGACUGUUCGUCUUGUUCUUCUUGUGGUGUUUGGAUUCUUGUGGUGUGUGCUUUUAGACACAGGGUAGAAUUAGAGACAGUACUGGAUGUACAAUUCCUCAGGAGACUACAGUAGUAUAUCCUAUUCCUUACCAGUAAUAAGGCUCUUCCUGAUAAUAAUCAAGAGAUUGAAACUCCAAACAAGUAUCCACUAUGAAACAGAUACACAUCAAAAUCAUAAUAAUAUUUUCAAAACAAGGAAUAAUUUCUCUAAUGGUUUAUUAUAGAAUACCAAUGUAUAGCUUAGAAAUAAAACUUUGACUAUUUCAAGGAUAUAGAUAAGUCUAAUUUUUAAAUGCUGUAUAUAUGGCUUUCACUCACUCAUCCCUCCGAUGUUGUUAUUAACUCGCUCUGUGUUGUUGCAAAACUUCUUGGUGCGGAUACGUCUCCAAAACUCUUGCUACUUUGUGUGCUUUAAACAAAAUACCUUGGGUUGGUGUUUCAUCAGCCCGAUGCUAGAAAUACUGUGUAUCUAUCAUUAGCUAUACGGGAAUAUAUUGUAGAUUGUGGUUUCUCAGUAGAGAAGUGACUGUAGUGUGAUCCUAGAUAAAUCAUCAUUAGCAAUUCAUUCAGAUGGUCAAUAACUUGAAAUUUAUAGCUGUGAUAGGAGUUCAGAAAUUGGCACAUCCCUUUAAAAAUAACAGCAGAAAAAAAUCCAACUCCUGGGACAUAAAAAGGUGCUGAUUCUAUAAGAUUAUUUAUAUAUGUAAGUGUUUAAAAAGAUUAUUUUCCAGAAAGUCUAUGCAGGGUUUGAGUUGCUACUAUUCAAACACAGUAUAUAGAAAUAAAGUAUACACAAUAUAGACAUCGUUUUUACUGUAUCACAUUAAAGUACUUGGGCUUCAGAAGUAAGAGCCAACCAACUGAAAACAUGAGAUGGAGAUAGGUGGGAAAAAAAAGGAAGUACAAUUUAUAGCUUUCAGUUUAAGGGAAACAUAAAUAGGAAACACAACUAACAUGCAGAUUUCAGAACUGCACGGAACUGCACGGGCUUUUCGGGCAAAUGCUCAUCUUAAACCUCACUCGAGGUAAGUUUUUUCAAGUUUCAAGCAAGACCCUUGACUUAAUGUGAAGUUUUGGAAAGUUUUAAAGGUGUAUGUUUUCGCCAUGAGAUUUUAAUUUUUAUUCUUCUUCUUUUUCGGUUUGUUCUUAUUUAAAGCAAUAUGAUUGUGUGACUACCUGCUGUUACACUUGUGUUUCAAUCAGCUCAGAUUGUUGUAUUUAUUCCACUAUUUUGCAUUUAAAUGAUAACAUAAAAGAUAUAAAAAAUUUAAAACUGCUAUUUUUCUUAUAGAAGAGAAAAUGGGUGUUGGUGAUUGUAUUUUAAUUAUUUAAGCGUCUCUGUUUACCUGCCUAGGAAAACAUUUUAUGGCAGAGUCUUAUGUGCAAAGAUCGUAAAAGGACAAAAAAAAAUUUAAACUGCUUAUAAUAAUCCAGGAGUUGCAUUAUAGCCAGUAGUAAAAAGAAUAAUAAUAACAAUAAUAAUAAUACUAAUAAAACCAUGUCUAUAGCUGUAGAUGGGCUUCAUAUCUGUAAAGCAAUCAAUUGUAUAUUUUUGUGAUGUGUACCAUACUGUGUGCUCCAGCCGAUGUCCAUUUGUGUAAAUGUAUUUAUUUUAUAUUGUAUAUAUUGUUAAAUGCAAAAAGGAGAUAUGAUUCUGUAACUCCAAUCAGUUCAGAUGUGUAACUCAAAUUAUUAUGCCUUUCAGGAUGAUGGUAGAGCAAUAUUAAACAAGCUUCCACUUUUGA